GCAGCGCGUGUGCGCGAAGUGGAUUGCGGUUUGGCCGGGGAGUCCCUACAACAUCAGAACGACAUCAAUUUGGAAUAUAUUUAUUUUCCUAUUAUUUUAUAUAUUGUCUUAUCGGACGUUUCGUCAUGUUGGCUCCAGUUAGAGCUGUGAGCACUGAGAGUAGGAGAUGUCCUCUGUUAACUGUUCAGCCCUGUCGAGGACUGAUGGAUGAAAAGUUUCAGGUCGUCAUAAAAAAUUUACUGCCCAAUCAAGAGGUAACGCUACACUCUCUACAUCAGUCUGAAGAUAAGGACUUCUGGGAGGCUUUUGGACACUAUAUCAGUGAUGAACAUGGAACAGUAACAGUGGCAAAAGAUGAAAGUUUGGGAGGCACGUAUGAAGGCACAGAGCAGAUGGGUUUGCUGUGGAGCCUGAGGCCUGUACCAGGAAGUCGACCUGCACUCAGGUUGCGCAAGAUGAAUGUUCUCACACCGAUGGUAAUUAACAUUUCAGUCUACAAUGGGCAUCUAUCUCAAGGAUUCAGUCAGGCCUCUUUGCUGGCCACAACUGUCACAGAGCGCUGGUACAUGGCACCAGGUGUAAAGAGGGUGAACAUAAAGGAGAAAGGAGUUCUAGGAACUUUAUUUCUUCCCCCAGGCUCUGGGCCUUAUCCAGGAGUGCUGGACCUAUGGGGCGGAGGUGGUGGAUUGAUUGAAUAUCGUUCUGCUCUGCUUGCAUCUCAUGGUUUUGCAAGUUUGGCCCUUGAAUAUCUCUCUCCAGAAAAGCUGAAAAUGACUGAGGUUGAUGGUACAUAUUUUGAGAAAGCAUACCAGAUCUUGCAAAAUCAUCCAUUAGUACAGAAGGACAAGAUGGCGGUACUUGGGUUGUGUUUUGGAAGUGCCAUCACAUUAACUAUGACUGCCUACUCCAGAGUCAUCAAGCCCCAGUGCUGUGUCUGUAUCAGUGGAAGUCAUGCCAUUCCUGUUGAUAAAUGUCUCUUUGAAGUCUUUGAGGACAUAAAAAAGCUUAACGGUAAAAUACAAGUGAAUGAGGACAACCACUUAAUACACAGAAACACGAUCUUGCCAAUUCCCUCAGACCCGGCUCUGAAAGUAGACGUUGGGAGAAUAAAGUGUCCUCUUUUGUUGGUGAAUGGUACUGAUGAUCAGAAUUGGGCUACCGUUGAAUCUGCUGAAGAUAUGGAGAUGAUGAUGAAGAAAGCAGGAAAUCGACAACUGCUGACUGUCUUGACAUACCCUGAUGCUGGUCAUCUAAUUGAACCUCCAUACACACCUCACUUCAGAGCAACUAACUUCCUCCUGCAUAAAAUGAAUGAGAAAGUUGUCAUGCUGUGGGGUGGACAAACUAAACCACAUGCGUACGCUCAAGAGGACUCAUGGAAGAAGAUUUUAGCAUUUUUUCGAGAGCACCUCUACGGUUCAAACGUUAAAGCCAAAUUGUAGUUUCUUCAUUUGAGACUGUGAUAUAUGACCAACUUCAUUUCAAAAUGCCUUUAAAUUCAAUGAUGAUGCUGCCAGUACUUGAUGUUACAUUUCACUUUGUUAUCUGUAUUGCAGAGGAUCUUAAGUAUAUUUUAAGCAAUACUUUUGUAGCAGACACAUGCCAAAAUGCAUUAUUAAUUAUUGUAAUAAUUAUGUACAGAAAUUAAUAAUUACAUGGUUAUGGUAACACUGCCAAAUAAAUGUAUUAGAUUCUGUUUGCGGAGAAAGACACUUAAGAUGAUUCUGGCACUACAUUUUCUUAUUUUGUAAUCAAAAUCUACCUCUGCUUAAUAAAAGCAUAAAUAAUAA